AACCGAAGGAUUCACUCCCUUCUCUUCAUCAUCUCGGAGAUGGAUUUUCAGGUGGUGGUCUUAGCCGGCGGCACUUCAACCAAGCUCGUCCCUUUAGUUUCCAAGGAGGUGCCAAAGGCUUUACUUCCUGUGGCAAACAGGCCGGUUCUCUCCUACGUUUUGGAGCAACUUGAGCUCUGUAACAUUAAGGAUCUUAUUGUUGUGGUUGAAGGGGAGGAUGCAGCUCUUCAAGUCGGUGCUUGGAUUUCUGGGGCUUAUGUUGAUCGCCUACAUGUCGAGGUUGCUGCAGUCCCUGAUGAUGUUGGAACUGCUGGUGCCCUUCGGGCCAUUGCGCAUCACUUGACUGCCAAAGAUGUUUUGGUUGUGAGUGGGGAUCUUGUUUCGGAUGUUCCACUUGGUGCAGUUGCGGCUACACAUAGACGACAUGAUGCAGUUGUAACUACAAUGCUUUGCCCCGCCCCUGUCAGUGGACCAUCAGAGUCUGGAUCCUCUGUUGGAAAAGAUAAAACAAAGAAACCAGGACGCUAUGACAUUAUAGGACUGGAUCCCUCUAAGCAAUUUUUGUUAUACAUCGCCACAGGAGCUGAAGUGGAGAAAGACACUCGAAUUCAGAAGAGAAUUCUCCGUGCAGUAGGUCAGAUGGAAAUUCGAGCUGAUCUCAUGGAUGCUCACAUGUAUGCCUUCAAGAGGUCUGUCCUUCAAGAAGUUCUUGCUCAAAAUGGUACAUUCCAAAGCUUAAAACAGGAUGUACUUCCUUAUCUUGUCCGCAGUCAGUUGAAAUCAGAAGCUUUAUCAAAUGGUGCACAAGUGGAAGAAAAUGGAAAUGAGAAGGUUGGUUUCCAGAGCAACCAGGUAGUGCAGGCUCAGAUACUUGCUAAUGCAUCCUCACCAAGGUUUCACAACCUCUACGCAUCGGUUCCUUGUGGUUCUGCAACUGUUCGGAAAAUCCAUAAAUGCUGUGCUUAUAUUGCAAGUGACAGCAAGUAUUGUGUGCGCUUGAAUUCUAUCCAAGCUUUCAUGGACAUCAAUCGAGAUGUUAUCGGUGAAGCAAAUCAUCUUUCAGGAUAUACCUUCUCUGCCCAUAAUAACAUUAUCCAUCCUUCAGCGGAGCAUGGGUCCAAAACUACUGUAGGACCGCAUUGUAUGCUAGGAGAAGGUUCACAAAUGGGUGACAAAUGUAGUGUGAAAAGAUCAGUAAUUGGCCGUCACUGCCGAAUAGGUUCCAAUGUGAAGGUCGUUAAUUCAGUGGUAAUGAAUCAUGUUACCAUUGGAGAUGGUUGUUCAAUACAAGGUUCUGUAGUUUGCAGCAACGUACAGCUUCAAGAGCGAGUUGUAUUGAAAGAUUGUCAAGUUGGAGCAGGUUAUGUUGUAGCUGCAGGUAAUGAGUAUAAAGGAGAGUCUUUGGCUAAAAAGGAGAAAUAAAAGGAAGAGGAAGAAGAGCAAGUUUCAGCCUUAGAAGAGGAAUGCAAAUCUCAAUUUGCUAUUGGUUUCUUGCAGCACAACUCACUGCAUACACCGGAAAGAUGGCAGGAAGCAAGUGCAGGUUCGUACCCUAUUCGAUGAAAAGAAAAAGAAAAUGUCUUCUUUGCAUAUUGAUUUUCAGCUCUCGUGCUGCUUGAAUCUGAUUCUGUAUCCCAUGUAAUUUUACAAUUGACAGAGGGACAAAUAUUAGAUUAUCACCAAUUUUGUAAUGGGUAGAUUAAUAGAUUAUAUGGAUUUUCUUUUUA